ACCCGGGAGGAGCCGCUCCUGUCGCGCCGCAGAGCCUCCGCGCCGACCCGUGCGUCCCCCUUCUCCUGGCGCACCCACUUCCCUCCCGGGUUUUGGCAGCCCUUUGGGGGCAGGGACCCCUUCUCCCAACCCCGCGGAGUCGGGGUGCGGAUGCUCGCGGGUGGACUGGGCCGGCCGGCAGAGAGGGAGGCGGGCUGCAUUAUUUCCCGCUAGGGCCGGGCUCUGGGGGAGGAAGGGGCCCCGCACUGCCUUCCCAGCCUGAGUCCGCGCGCGCCGCCCCAGGGCAGGGCCUGCGGAGGAGCGAGGCGGUGGCGCCGCAUCCCCGGCCUCUGGCUGGGCGCGUGGGCGGGCCGAGGCCGGGCGCGACGCCCCUGCGGGCCCGCGGCGCCUCUCCCACGCUCCCAGCUCCUCCCCCUCCUCUUCCUUCCCCUCAGCCUCCCGGGAGCCGCCGGCGGACGCGAGCCGCGGCGGGCGCCCGAGCUUUGUGUGCGCCCGCGGGCCCGGGGCGAGCCUGGGGCGGUCCAACUUUGCGGCUCCUGGCCGGCUCCCAGGCGGGAGUUGUGAGGCGUGGCUUGGUGGAGAAGGCAACCGGGGUUGGGGGGCGGGGGGGCCGUGAGGCUCCCCGGUAGGCGGGAGGGAUCGAGCGAGCCGCUCUGGACAAUGAGCUGGGCAGCUCGACGCUGUGGCCACUUUUAGUGGGGGCGCGGGCCGGUCGGCGCCUCGGCUGCUCAGAGGCCCCCACCUGCGAGGAGAGGGCGGGAUGCCAGAGCCAGGUGUCCCGGCGCUGUGAGGCCCCUCACGGUCAGACGUCCCUGUACUUGAUUCUCGCAUUGACGUUAGGCUACCGAGAGGUUGUGGCUGGGACGUUUUUUGUGGGGAGCCCUUGGAGCAGCCGCGAUGGCCAGCACCAGGAGUAUUGAGCUGGAGCACUUUGAGGAACGGGACAAAAGGCCGCGACCAGGGUCGCGGAGAGGGGCGCCCAGCUCCUCGGGAGGCAGCAGCAGUUCGGGCCCCAAGGGGAACGGGCUCAUUCCCAGCCCGGCGCACAGUGCCCACUGCAGCUUCUACCGCACGCGGACCCUGCAGGCUCUGAGCUCGGAGAAGAAGGCCAAGAAGGCACGCUUCUACCGGAAUGGGGACCGCUACUUCAAGGGCCUGGUGUUUGCCAUCUCCAGCGACCGCUUCCGGUCCUUCGAUGCCCUGCUCAUCGAGCUCACCCGCUCCCUGUCGGACAACGUGAACCUGCCCCAGGGCGUCCGCACCAUCUAUACCAUCGAUGGCAGUCGGAAGAUCUCCAGCCUGGACGAGCUGCUGGAAGGUGAGAGUUACGUGUGUGCAUCAAAUGAACCAUUUCGUAAAGUUGAUUACACCAAAAAUAUUAAUCCGAACUGGUCUGUGAACAUCAAGGGUGGGACAUCCCGAGCCUUGGCUGCUCCCCCCUCGGUGAAAAGUGAAGUGAAGGAAAGUAAAGAUUUCAUCAAACCGAAAUUGGUGACCGUGAUUCGAAGUGGAGUGAAGCCUAGAAAAGCCGUGAGGAUCCUUCUAAAUAAGAAGACUGCUCAUUCGUUUGAACAGGUCUUGACAGAUAUCACUGAAGCCAUUAAACUAGAUUCAGGAGUGGUCAAGAGGCUCUGCACGCUGGACGGAAAGCAGGUUACUUGUCUGCAAGACUUUUUUGGUGAUGAUGAUGUUUUUAUUGCUUGUGGACCUGAAAAAUUCCGUUAUGCCCAAGAUGACUUUGUCCUGGAUCACAGUGAAUGCCGUGUCUUGAAGUCAUCUUAUUCUCGCUCCUCAGCUGUUAAGUAUUCUGGAUCUAAAAGCCCUGGGCCCUCCCGACGCAGCAAAUCACCAGCUUCAGUUAAGAGGGGUGGCCAUCACUCCAGUGCCUACUCUGCAGCCAGAUCCCCAGUUAAUGGAACUCCCAGCAGCCAGCUGUCUACUCCUAAAUCAACGAAAUCCUCCAGCUCUUCCCCAACUAGCCCAGGAAGUUUCAGAGGAUUAAAGCAGAUUUCUGCACACGGCAGAUCUUCUUCGAAUGUAAAUGGUGGACCUGAACUUGGUCGUUGCAUGAGUCCUGAAGGUGUGAAUGGAAACAGGUGCUCUGAAUCAUCAACUCUUCUUGAGAAAUACAAAAUUGGGAAGGUUAUUGGUGAUGGGAAUUUUGCAGUAGUCAAAGAAUGCAUGGACAGGUCCACUGGAAAGGAAUUUGCCCUAAAGAUUAUAGACAAAGCCAAAUGUUGUGGAAAGGAGCACCUGAUUGAGAAUGAAGUGUCAAUCCUGCGCAGGGUGAAACAUCCAAAUAUCAUCAUGCUGGUUGAAGAGAUGGAAACAGCUACUGAGCUCUUUCUGGUGAUGGAAUUGGUCAAAGGUGGGGAUCUCUUUGAUGCAAUUACCUCUUCAACCAAGUACACUGAGAGAGAUGGCAGCGCGAUGGUGUACAACCUGGCCAACGCCCUCAGGUAUCUUCAUGGCCUCAGCAUUGUGCACAGAGACAUCAAGCCAGAGAACCUCUUGGUGUGUGAAUAUCCUGAUGGAACCAAGUCCUUGAAGCUGGGAGACUUUGGUCUGGCCACUGUGGUGGAAGGCCCUUUAUACACAGUCUGUGGCACACCAACUUAUGUGGCUCCAGAAAUAAUUGCUGAAACCGGCUAUGGCCUGAAGGUGGAUAUUUGGGCGGCAGGCGUGAUCACAUACAUACUUCUCUGUGGAUUCCCUCCAUUCCGAAGUGAGAACAAUCUCCAGGAAGAUCUCUUUGACCAGAUCUUGGCUGGGAAGCUGGAGUUUCCAGCCCCCUACUGGGAUAACAUCACAGACUCAGCAAAGGAAUUAAUCAGUCAAAUGCUUCAGGUAAACGUUGAAGCUCGGUGUACCGCGGGAGAAAUCCUGAGCCACCCCUGGGUGUCAGAUGAUGCCUCCCAGGAGAAUAAUAUGCAAGCUGAAGUAACAGGUAAACUCAAACAGCACUUUAAUAAUGCGCUCCCCAAACAGAACAGCACCACCACCGGGGUCUCGGUUAUCAUGAACACGGCUCUAGAUAAGGAGGGGCAGAUUUUCUGCAGCAAGCACUGUCAGGGCAGCAGCCGACCUGGGAUGGAGCCGACCUCUCCAGUCCCUCCCUCAGCUGAGGAGCCCCCCGUGUCCGCACCGGCAGACCUGGCCCCCGCCCCUCCAGAGUCUCCCACACCCCCUUGUCCUCCUGCUGCCGAAAGCUGCGAGCGGGCAGGGACCUGGCGCCGCCACCGCGACUGACCCCGGGCGGACAGGCUGGAGCCCACUGCGGCUGGAAAGCCCCUCUUGUUGGGCCGUGGCCCUCUCCUUGAAGAGCCUUUCUCUGCUGACUGCUGUUGGGAAGUUUGCUGGCACCUCUGAGGGCUGCCAGGAUCCAGGAGCUCGAUGCCAGGGAUUUGCUUCUUUUCAUAAUCUGGGCUCUGCCUGCCGGUUCCUGGAGGUGUCCUAUGCAGUGUUAGCUGCCGUGACAGAUAUUCGGAGCGGCUCGUUUUAAAUUGUUUUCAGUUCAGUGGACAUUUUUGCAGUGUCACCAGGAGAAUGUGCAACUUUUAUCUGGGAUUUAAUGCGUUUUUAUAGAAACACUUUGGAUGAAUCAAGCUCUCUCCCUAUUUAAGUAAACUCGGAGCGUUCCUUUUUUUCUUACGAACAAUUUAGAACUGCAUUUGUCCCUUUGUGGGUGUCCUGUGAGAGGUGGCGUAGCACCUUCCUCUGCCAAGGGGGUUCGGAGGACUGGCGUUCUGAUGGAAGAAGUGAGCACCCGAGAGGACAGUCUGGUCAUCGGACACUAAUUCAGACUUUGAAAAGUGGUUCCAGGUGCCCGAGGAAGCAGUCCACCGUUAGCCUGGGGCGCUGGGCUCACCUAAGACCACACUGGAUGUUUAUUUGUAUACAGACCACAGGGGAAUGUCACUUUCUUCCCUAGACAGUGUGCUCUCCCCCAACUCUUCCCACAUAUGUAUUAGGAGACGUUAAUGGAGUCGUCCUUUGGGCUUUUUCAUGAAAGGCGUGGCGCAUGCGGCACCCCCCCCCCCCCCCCCCCGGGCCAAGUGGUUUCUUCUCAGCAAGCCGGCUUCUAGCAGAGCACGGUAAACUAGGCAUCUGACUAGCCACCGCAGUCUCUUUCAUCAUCUGCUUGUCAUCUGGAGCUGGCCGGAAACAACUGAGGAAACAUAGCCCGAGGCACAGUCAGGACCGGGGCAGGAAGGUGCUCCACAAACAUCCUCUGUUAUUAACCUUCUGGAAGGCUGCUGGCAGUUUUUCCUUUUUUCCCCCACUACCCUGCCCUUUUUAAUAAUUGUACAUAAUCAAUGUAUUUGUUUUACUUGCUCAUCUUCUAAACUGGGGGGCCCUGUAGUUCAUUCUCAUUGUUAGACUUUUGCCUCUUAUAAGUGUACCCAACCUGCAAUAAACCCUUCUUGAGGAAAAAAGUGA